AUGGAUGAUAAUAGGCAAGAUUCUGCUGAGGAUUUUUCUAAGUCCAAAAGCAGUGUCAUUCGACGUUCUUUAUCAAACUUAACUUUUGACAAGUCUUUAUCGAAAUCAGAUAAUAAUAAAAGCAAUUCAUUAGAAUCCUCUAGCGUUAAAUCAGUAUCAUUAUCUAAACAAAAAUCAGCUACAUUUUCCACAAAGAAAUUAAAAUUAAGACCUAAAUCUGCUCUUCCACCACAAAAAUCUCCCUCAAAUCUCCUUCAAAAUGCUUCAUUAAUUUCUAGUACAGCUGGCGAUUUAAUACACCGUUCAAAACCACCUCUUGGUCGCCCACCUUCUACACCAACGUUGCAUUCGGUAUCAUUUAAGUCAUCCUCAAAUAAUGAUAUAGAUGAAGAAGUCUUAAAUAAUCCAUCACAACUCCCACCGCUAUUACCAUCAAUUACCCUCUCGCAAAAGUAUUCUUCGGCAUCAUCAUCUACCACUUCAUCACCAUCAACCACUUCAUCACCAUCUAUAUCAAGCAUAAAUACAACAUCUAGUAUUACAUCACCGUCAACAACCUCUUUAUCAUCUAAUGAGACCACGGAAGAAGAUAAUUCUUUAGAUAUUACAACUUUCUUAGCAGCACCGCGUUUGACUCAGCGUGUUAGAUUAAAAACUGGAAGAGUUGUUAGUUUUUCUGAAGUAGGCGAUAGAAAUGGGUUCCCGGUUUUAGUUUUUUUAGGAAUGGGCUGUGUGAGAUAUUUUAUAGCUUUUUUUGAUGACCUUGCCUCAAGUUAUGGGUUAAGAUUGAUAUGUCCUGAUCGACCAGGUGUUGGACUUUCAGAUGAUGUCAAGGUAGAUGAACAACAAGUAUUGAAAUGGCCAGAUGUGAUUGAGGAGCUUUGUGAAAUACUUAGUAUAGAUAAAUUCUUUAUUAUGGCACAUAGCGCUGGUGCACCAUAUGCACUUGCUUGUGCUAUGAAGAUACCUGAAAGAUUACAAGGAACUAUAUAUCUUGUAUGUCCAUGGGUGAGCACAACGAUCGCCAAUAAUUUUAAAUGGCUACGUUUCGUUCCUACACCCAUUAUGAAGCUCACUAACACUGCAGGAAUUUCUUUACAACAAAUGCUUCACGGAAGACAACCAUAUUCCACUAAGCCAUUACAUCAACGAAAUUCUGGAGCUUUGGCUUCUCCAAUGUCAAGCCUUGAGAAAAAACAACAAUUAGGACUUGCAAUACUUAAAGCUUCUUUUGCUGAAAAUCUGUCUGGUGCAAAUAAUGAUUUGCUAAUGUGUUUCGAGCGACGUCAUUCAUUUGGAUUUUCAUACACAGAUAUUAAUCAUCCCGUACACGUUUUCCACGGUACAAAAGAUGAAAGGAUUCCAGUUUCGGCAGUAAAAUGGAUGGAAGAUAAUAUGCCUGACUGUAAGUUGUCAUUGAUAGAAGGUGGCAAACAUUCUUUACUUUUACGUGCUGAGAUCGUGGAUACAAUAUUCAAAAGUAUCGCUGUGCAGUUACAUGUUAAGGAUGAAUGUCGAGUUUGCAAAAUUUCAGCUAAAUGUUGGCUAAUGGAAGAAGCAGAAAAUGCCAGAAAAUUGAAAGCGGAACAAGAAAGGAAAUCAAGGCAAGAAGAAGAGGAAAGAUUACGGAAACUUCCUAUCGAAAAUAUUGCUUGUACUUAA